AUGUAUAAAGUUUUAAUAUUUAGCGUGUGUUUGUCUGUUUGCUUGUCUUUUGUAACAUGUGAUCUGGAUAAGGAAGAAGGAGAAGACUGUGAAUGGGAUGGGAUUAAGGGCAAGUGUGUCCAUCCAAGCGUAUGUCUCACGACCCUUGACAAGCGUAGAGCUAAGCCUCCCGUAUGCUCUCAAAAAGGCGACGAGACUAUCAUUUGUUGUACUGACUGCGAGCUUGUUAAUGAUACCAGCAACUUCAUAAUAAGUCCGUCUUCGGGCGUGCUUUGGAAAGAUGGCCGAAAAUCAAGAGACGCCUGCCUCCAAUAUCUGAAAGACUUGCCUCACAAAUGCCGCCAGGAAGGCUAUUACGCUGGACUAUCCCGAAAACUAGACGAAGAGAAGAAGUGUCAUAGAUUCUCUCUCUGGGUUAUAGGAGGAGCACCAGGACCAGGCGCGAGAGUUCCCUCGGAAAACCCUUAUGAGGCUGUUGUAGGAUUUGGGCAAGGCAGAGAUAUGAUAUAUUGGAUGUCAGCUGGAUCAAUUAUCCAUGAAAAAUUUGUUCUUACUGCAGCUCAUCGGUUGAACGCAUCAUCAAUACCAGAUCGUCCAUUGACGUACGUUGCAUUGGGCGUAAAAAACAUGGACAGGUCAACCUGGGAGAUUCACAACGUGACGAAAAUUCAUGUACAUCCAGAUUACGACGGAGAUCAAUCCAGAUACAACGAUAUCGCAUUGCUGGAGCUUGAAACCCCGAUUUCAUUUAACCGUGACGUUCUCCCAGCAUGCCUCCCUGAUCCAGCUGAAGAAUUUGAUACUUCCAAAGCCAAAUUCACUUCCUGGCUUAGGAAUGAUUCAGAUCCGAUUAUCAAAGGACCCUUUGACUCACCACAUGUCGUGGAACUACGGGAGUUCACUGCUGAGGAGUGUAAUGCUAAUAUGGAAAACGUGGACCCACUUCAAUCAUAUAUUUACAGAAUAUAUUUGCCGAAUAAAGUCAACGAGGAAUCACAAGUCUGCUACGGACCGGAAAAUUGCAUGUACAUCAUGGGAGGUCCCAUAGCAGUGACAACUCAAUACUCUCGGUGUAUGAAUACGGUGAUAGGAAUCAGCCCAUUUGAUGGACAUCAGUGUGCUCCAACUGUAUUCACUAAGGUACAGCACUUCGUUUCUUGGAUCGAGAGCAUCGUCUGGCCUUGA